CAUGAAUGAUCCAGAGCCCUGCGGAAUAAAACAAGAAGAAACUGAGCCACAAAUAGACCUGUUUGAAGAGAGCAAGGAGACUGAAGCGGGGGAGAAACAUCAUGUCAAGACUGAAGAAACAUCUUCACCGAAAAACGACAAUACGUGUUUCGCUUACCCUCAGUGUGGAAAGAGUUUCUCAUGCAAGCAAAAUCUGGACCUUCACAUAAAAUGUCACAGUGGGGGGACGCUGUAUGCUUGUGAGCAGUGCGGUGAGAUUUUCGCAAUAAAAGAAAACCUAACCGAACACAUGAAAAUCCACACCGCAGAGAAACCGCACACGUGUGAUCGGUGCGGGAAGGGUUUUUCCAAAAAAGGAAACCUUAACGAUCACCUGAAAGUCCACACCGGAGAGAAGCCGUUCUCAUGCGAUCAGUGCGGGAAGAGGUUCUCGGUUAAAAGCAACCUCAACAAACACGUAAAAAUCCACACCGGAGAGAAACCGCACACGUGUGAUCAGUGCGGGAAGUGUUUCGCGCAUAAAACAAACCUUAAUAAUCACAUGACAAUCCACACCGGAGAGAAGCGGCACACGUGUGAUCAGUGCGGGAAGAAUUACUCGCGAAGAGGAGCCCUUAAUUUCCACAUGAAAGUCCACACCGGAGAAAAGCCGUACACUUGUGAUCAGUGCGGGAAGAGUUUCAGACAAUCAAGUGUUUAUAAAGUACAUCUGCUUACUCAUUCUAGAGAAAGGCUGUAUAGCUGUGACCAGUGCGGUAAAAAGUUUUUUAGGCCCGAUUACUUGAAGGACCACCUGACAGUUCAUACAAAGGAGAAGCCUUACGUGUGUUCUUUGUGUGGAAAGAGUUUCAGGCAGAUCGUAUCUACAGAUACACGAGAGGGUCCACACCGGAGAGAAGCUGUACGCGUGUGA